AAACACCAAAAAAACAAAGCAAAAUAAAAAACUCCCAAACCGGCUUCAGGUCGGGAAGCGACAGCGGAGAGGUCGGCUCUACCCAGAAGGCGGUGCAGCCUGCCAGGGUGAACCACGCGGAGGGUUGUGGGGCGGUAGCUCUCCUCCUGAUGGAGACUCGUCAACUAGGGUGGGCGGGGGACUCCAUAUCCCAGCAUGCCCCGCGGCAGGCCCUGCCGGCCGCGGCUCCGGGCUUGGCCCCGGUCCUAGCUCGUCGGCGGUGUAUUGGGGCGCGUGGAGGCUGCAGUCACGGAGGCGCCCGCGGGGACGGAGGAGGGAAUGAGUGAAGAGGAGCAGGGCUCCGGCACUAUCACGGGCUGCGGGCUGCCCAGUAUAGAGCAAAUGCUGGCCACCAACCCGGGCAAGACCCCGAUCAGCCUUCUGCAGGAGUAUGGGACCAGAAUAGGGAAGACGCCUGUGUACGACCUUCUCAAAGCUGAGGGCCAAGCCCACCAGCCUAAUUUCACCUUCCGGGUCACCGUUGGCAACACCAGCUGCACUGGUCAGGGCCCCAGCAAGAAGGCAGCCAAGCACAAGGCAGCUGAGGUGGCCCUCAAACACCUCAAAGGGGGGAGCAUGCUGGAGCCGGCCCUGGAGGACAGCAGUUCUUUUUCUCCCCUAGACUCUUCACUGCCUGAGGACAUUCCGGUUUUUACUGCUACGGCAGCUGCUACUCCUGUUCCAUCUGCUGUCCUAACCAGGAGCCCCCCCAUGGAGAUGCAGCCCCCUGUCUCCCCUCAGCAGUCUGAGUGCAACCCUGUUGGUGCUCUGCAGGAGCUGGUGGUACAGAAAGGCUGGCGGUUGCCAGAGUACACGGUGACCCAGGAGUCUGGGCCAGCCCACCGUAAGGAGUUCACCAUGACCUGCCGAGUGGAGCGUUUCAUUGAGAUUGGCAGUGGUACUUCCAAAAAAUUGGCGAAGCGUAAUGCAGCAGCUAAAAUGCUGCUGCGAGUGCACACAGUACCUCUGGAUGCCCGGGAUGGCAAUGAGGCAGAGCCUGAUGAUGACCAUUUCUCCAUUGGUGUCGGCUCCCGCUUGGACGGACUUCGGAAUCGGGUCCCAGGCUGCACCUGGGAUUCUCUGCGCAAUUCGGUGGGAGAGAAGAUCCUGUCCCUCCGCAGUUGCUCCCUGGGCUCCCUAGGUGCACUGGGCCCUGCCUGCUGCAGGGUCCUCAGUGAGCUCUCUGAGGAGCAGGCCUUCCAUGUCAGCUACCUGGAUAUUGAGGAGCUGAGCCUGAGUGGGCUCUGCCAGUGCCUGGUAGAACUGUCCACCCAGCCGGCCACCGUGUGUCAUGGCUCUGCAGCCACCAGGGAGGCAGCCCGUGGCGAGGCUGCUCGCCGUGCCCUGCAGUAUCUCAAGAUCAUGGCAGGCAGCAAGUAAAGUCCCAGCUGGACUCAUGGAUGUGCACCUUUGCUCCCUGCUCCUCCUGCCUCUGGGCCCGUGCAUCUGCUCAGCUCUGGUACCCUCUGGAGGUGCUAUCUCUACCUCUGACACAGACUGCCUGCCUUGAGGCUGAGGAAGGCACAGAGCAAGGAGUCAGGGACCACAAGGCCUCAGCCAGCCCAGGAUCCGUCCUCAUUUUAUUGGUGAUGACGAGUGGGAAUUAAAUCGGGGGGCUCUGCAUUAGAGCUCAGAAUAAACGCACUGCUCCUUGGAUUCCUAAA